GAGAAAAAAAAAACUGGUCAGUUGUUAUCAAUCGGUGUUCCCGAUAUCUUGUACGAGUAGUUUUACUAAUAUAUUAACUCGUAGCCUAAAAAACUUAAAAUAGGUAAAAUAAUCAUUAUUCGCAAAUAUGAUAAAAAUUGUGAAACAAACUUUCUAUUCAGUUUCAAUCGGUGAAGUUGUAGGUAAUUAGUUUUAUUAGUGAUUGAAAAAUGUACCUGGCAAAGACUUUAUUCAACAUGUAUUCGAGAGCCGUACACAUCGGGUAUGAUAUUUACCAGAAAAUAAAUUUUGUCAACAUUUUUACGAAUACGGUUGUAGCGAUUGUGAUACUUAUAAUGGCUGUGACUUUAAACGGAGAAUGGGUGGUGAUUAGUGCUCAUAUAAUGAGACAAUAUGGAAUCCCAGUCAGAGAAGUUAACCAUACAACGCUGGACGAAGCAUUUCACGGGUUAUAUUUGAAAAAUUUCCGUUCCGUCUGGAUCCGUACUCAAUUGAGCGCCUUUGGAAUCUACGUGAUUGCAGCAUGUUUUCUGCAUUGGUACUAUUACGUUCGACAAAAGGAUACCCCUGAAACGUGGAAGUGUCAACCAAAAACGUGGCUUUCGCGCGAGCAGGAAAUCGACGAGAUCAAGAAUGGUAUUUUAUGUUUAUUGGUGCUGAAUACCUGGUCUGCCCUUGUAGCCUGUUACAUUGAAAAUGAAGGAAAAUACAGUACGGUUUAUUAUAAAUGGGACGAAUAUGGAUGGAUUUGGUUGUUAUUACAAUUGCCAGUAGUUUACCUAUAUCAUGACUUCGUAGCAUAUUGGAUGCACAGAUUUCUUCACAUGCCAUAUUUUUUCAAAAGGUUUCACAGUCUGCAUCACCGAUACAAGCAACCGACUGCUUUUUCCACAACCGCAGUACAUCCAGUCGAGCUGAGCAGUAUACAGAUCUUAGUUGCUGUACCACUUUUCACUGUACCAGUACAUUGGCUGCCGUUCUCUCUUGCGAUGAUAAUAUUGUACGCGAAUGGAAUCAUCUCUCAUUCUGGAAUUGAUUUCAAAUUCCGAUACUGGAUGCCAUUCUUAGCUCCGGCCAUCUUUCACGAUAAUCAUCAUCAAUACUAUCACGUUAAUUUCGGAAUCAAUUCUAAACUUUGGGAUAAGAUUUUUGGCACAUAUCGCCGUCCAGACAGGGUCUACAAUAAAGAUAUUUAUUACGGAAGAGGCAAACCAAUCGACGAAUUAACAAUGGAAGAAAUCAAAACUGAGAUCGAAGAACGAGAAAAUGAAAUUCCCAGAUCAUUCGAAGAAGACAACGAUCCCGCCAUACUAGUAUAUUUAAAAUCUAAGAUCAAAUAAUGAAUUGAAGUACAUACUUAUUCAAGUUAA